AUGGAACUUACUGGAAGAGGCGAUUUGGAGGGGGUACAGGGCUGGGGCUCCUUCACGACCAAGGGUGGGGACCCCACGUUCAGCAGAUCUGCUGGCGGCGGCGGCCCCCGAAAAAACGACGGCGCACCUCUCUCGACAGGACCGCCGUCGCCCCCCAGGAACCUGACCGCCCACGGGCUGAGCCCCACCUCCCUCGCGCUCUCCUGGGACCCCCCCGCCGACCUGGGGGGGCGGACCGACCUGACCUACGGGGUGGGGUGCCAGCGGCGCGACGGGGGGUCCGGCGGGGGAUUCGGAGCCUGCGGGGACGCCGUCCGGUUCGAGCCGGGCGCGGGGGGGCUGACCGCGCCCCUGGUCAACGUCACCGGCCUGCACCCGUGGGUGGACUACCGGUUCACCGUCCAGGCGGAGAACGCCGUGUCCAGCGGCCUGCCCUCCCCGGCCUCCACCGCCUCCGUGGCCAUCCACAGAUGGGAACGCAAGUCUAAACCCUCCACCUCCCCGGUCCCGGAGCCUCAGAAGCAGAACAGCCCCCUGUUCCUGCUCAUCGUCACUGGCCUCGCCAGCAUCCUGACGGUGCUCGUCCUCACCAGUGUGUGUUUCGCUGUGCGUAAGAAAUACCACAAGCUGGAUCAGGAGCAGGAGGUGGAGCUGCUGCCCAUCCAAUCGGCCGUGACGUACCGCAGGCAGGAGGAGGUCAGGCCAGCCCCCCAGCAGGAGGUCAACCCGCCGCCGCCGCGCGUGGGUCUGAGCCAGAGGCUGGCCGCCAGUCUGAAGGACGUGCUCGUGGACUGCUCCCGGCUGACCCUCGGGAAGGACCUCGGUGCAGGGGAGUUCGGCACCGUCUACAAGGGGGUCUUCAGUCCCAGGGAGGGGCCUGACCUCAUCGUGGCCGUGAAGACGAUGAAAGGGGUCGCUCUGCAGUCCAGCAGCGAGAGCCCUACCCCAGUUCCACUGGUCAUCCUGCCCUUCAUGAAGCACGGCGACCUGCGGCGAUUCCUCAUUGCCACGCGCUACGGAGACAUCCCCAUGGUGAGUGCGCCCGAGACAGGACCCCAGGAGGGGCUGUCUCCAGAGGUGCCCGACUGUUAA